CCGCCCCGAUAGCACCUCAUCACAAACAAACAAACAGAGCAGCGCAAGCGCAACACAAGAACAACAACCCGUAGCAAAACGCGGCGACCUCGUCUGUCGUCUCCCCUGCCCCUCCCCCUCCCCCUUUUUCCCCGUAGCAGAGGCACCAGAAAGAAAGACGAAACGCGCCGAGCCGCGCCGCACCGCGUUGCCCUGCCCUGCCCAGCGCCGCCGCGUCCGCGUGGAAGUGGAAGUGGAAGGGGUUAUAAUUGAGGCGCGGGGGAGAGCAAGGCCGGCGCCGCGCUGCUAUUUAGCCAGGAAGCGGGGCGAUCGAAUUCGAAUCGCGCCGACCAAACCAAUCCGAUCGAUCGAUCAGCCGGUACCCGGUAGUUCGAUCAACGAGAGCGAGCGCGUUCCUUCCACGUCUCCGUUCCGUUGCGGGCCGGGAGGAAGGAGAGAGAGAGAGAGAGGGAGAAAGAGAGAUGGCGUCGGGGUACCGCGCGGAGGAGGAGUACGACUACCUGUUCAAGGUGGUGCUGAUCGGGGACAGCGGCGUGGGCAAGUCGAACCUGCUGUCGCGGUUCGCCAGGGACGAGUUCAGCCUCGAGACCAGGUCCACCAUCGGCGUCGAGUUCGCCACCAAGACCGUCCAGGUCGACGACAAGCUCGUCAAGGCGCAGAUCUGGGACACCGCCGGGCAGGAGAGGUACCGCGCCAUCACGAGCGCAUACUACCGCGGCGCGGUGGGCGCGCUGGUGGUGUACGACGUGACCCGCCGCAUCACCUUCGACAACGCCGAGCGCUGGCUGCGGGAGCUGCGGGACCACACGGACGCCAACAUCGUGGUCAUGCUGGUGGGCAACAAGGCCGACCUGCGCCACCUCCGCGCCGUGACGCCCGAGGACGCCGCGGCCUUCGCGGAGCGGCACGGCACCUUCUCCAUGGAGACGUCGGCGCUGGACGCCACCAACGUCGACCGCGCCUUCGCCGAGGUGCUCCGCCAGAUCUACCACGUCGUCAGCCGGAACGCGCUCGACAUCGGGGAGGACCCCGCCGCGCCGCCCAGGGGAAAGACCAUCGACGUCGGCGCCGCCAAGGACGAGGUCUCCCCCGUGAAUACGGGCGGCUGCUGCUCGGCUUAGCUUUUUUUUAUUUCGUUUCGUUUCGUUUCUUUUUUUUUUCCCCCGUUGGGAUAGCCCUGGUCAAACAUACAUACAGUACGCUUUGCUGAUUAAGAAAGACAAAACGUGAUGACAAUCUUCUUUCUUGACACUGUCAAGCGGUUGGGGGUGGUUGGCGCUCGACAUUGACAACGUGGUUUGGAGAGGGCACCAUGAUGUUUUGCAGACCUGCAAUCGCUGUCCUCGAUUGUAUUUCUCGGGCUAUUCGAUUGAUACACUAGUAGUACAUGUACAUUUACAAAGUGGCCGGCUAUGACCUUUGUACUGUCAUACAUAUAGGGAAAGCGAUUGAAACUGAUUUGGAUGAAA